AUGAUGAUGCUACCUGUUGUUUUUGUGUUAUGGUGGGUGUGGGUGUAUCUGGGGUCUGUCAUAGCGCAGUCCCCAGUUCAGGAGCAGGCUCAGGGGCAGGACUCUUCCUCCAACCCUUGGAGGCAGAUGAUCCAGUGGGAGAAUAAUGGUCGAGUUUUCAGCCUUUUAAACAGCGGGGCAGAGUAUGUGCCUGCACGGGGACAGGAGCAAGACAGAGGCCACAGGGUGCUUCUAGCUGAUGCACCUAACCGCAGAUCACGUCGGCCGCAUGGGGGUAACGUGCGUAGGCAAGCACCAUCAAGGGGAGGCUCUGAGACCGUGCGUGGUCAAACCAGACACCCAUUCGGAUUUGGGCAGGUGCCGGAUAACUGGCGUCAAGGUGUGGCAGGAACAGGAGACACGAGCAGCCGUUUCCAGUCAUCUUCCGGCAGUCGUUUCAGGUCGUCUAGCAGCUCUUCCUCCUCUUCCUCCUCAGCCUACAAUGUGCCAUCUUAUCCCCAAUACCCUUUGCCUCAACAACCCUCCUAUCCCGUCCCUUAUGAACCCAGUGUGGUGGACAGAGCCUAUGAACCUCCCUUUCAAAGAGGGACAAAUACUGGUGGGGGAUACACUGGAAGAGGCUACACUGGUGGUAGUGUCUCUGCAGGGGGCUAUGGGGGAGGACCCUACACUGGAGGGGGUGUAGUCUCAUUGCCAAGAUCUUCAGAUUUUGGUGAAGAUGGUUACUAUUACUAUCCCUCAUACGGCCAGUCUUACCCUGCUCUGCCAGUUCAGAAUGCCCAGCCACCCUUUUCAGAUGGUCUGGACCGUAGAUACACUCACAGUUUGUACAAUGAUGAUACAGCACCCUCUCCUGAUGCUAACUCAGCUUCUGCCUCUAACUCUGCUCCGGACCAGUCAAGGCCCCGAGCUUUGCCCCCCGUACGCAGUCCCCAGUAUGAGCAGUUUCCGCCCUUUGGAAGACCACAGCCUCAGCCUCCCUUCCCCCAGCAACCUGCCCGGAACCCCCUCACCUCAAAUUCAGCAAUCGAGAACCCAAGUAUAAAUGUGGGGAGUGUUUAUCGACCAGAACAGAGAGGUUUGCCUGACUUGGUUCCUGACCCCAACUAUGUCCAGGCCUCAACCUACAUCCAGCGAGCUCACAUGUAUUCCCUUCGCUGUGCUGCAGAGGAGCAGUGCUUAGCCAGUUCUGCAUAUGGCUCUGACGUCACUGACUACGAUGUGCGGGUCCUUCUACGAUUUCCCCAGAGGGUUAAAAACCAGGGCUCAGCUGACUUCAUGCCCAACCGACCUCGUAACACGUGGGAAUGGCACAGCUGUCAUCAACAUUACCACAGUAUGGAUGAAUUCAGUCACUAUGACCUCUUGGAGGUCAGCACAGGCAGGAAAGUUGCCGAAGGACACAAGGCUAGUUUUUGCCUGGAGGAUACCACCUGUGACUUUGGCCACCUGAAGCGAUAUGCCUGUACCUCUCACACUCAGGGUCUCAGUCCAGGUUGUUACGAUACUUACAAUGCUGAUAUUGAUUGCCAGUGGAUCGAUAUCACAGACGUCCAGCCAGGGAACUACAUACUUAAGCUCCAGGUCAACCCUAAGUACCUUGUGCUCGAGUCAGACUUCACAAAUAAUGUAGUUAGAUGUAACAUCCACUACACCGGCCGCUCUGUCAGGACAACAAACUGCAAGAUCUCACAGUGA